AUGGAUAGGACGUUUGAGAAACAAAUUCAAAGAAGUAAACAAAAUCUGCACAAAGAAGUAAACAUAAAUGAAGAAUUAGAGGAAGAAAAUAAGAAAAUCAAAAAGGCGCUCCAAAUGACUUAUAAAGACAACAAGACUCAAAAAGGCAAGAGAUUGUUAAAAAGAGUGAUUUGCAAUUUUUCGAAAAUAACUGGUGAAAAUGGAAAUUACGCCAAAAAAUUAUUUAGAAUGAAGAGCUUCACUGCGUUGUGUCUGCUGGCCGUCCUGGCGUACGUGUCUGCUGUACCCUCGGGAACCUACACUGAUCGUUACGACAACAUCAAUCUUGAUGAAAUCUUAUCCAACCGCCGCUUGCUUGUUCCUUACGUCCACUGCAUACUCGAUAAAGGAAAAUGUACACCCGAAGGCAAGGAGCUUAAAUCUCACAUCGGGGAGGCGGUCGAGAACGAUUGUGCUAAAUGCACAGAAAAACAGCGCGAAGGCACACGGAAAGUAAUAGGACACCUGAUUAACCAUGAAAAAGAGUUCUGGCAGGAGAUCACCGCGAAAUAUGACCCUACCCACAAACACUCGGCUAAAUACGAAAAGGAACUGACUAAGGCUUAA